AUGGUGAGUAGUAGCAAUGAAUCAAAGUGUUCGAAGACAAGUUUGGAUUCGAUCUUGAAUGACGAGGAAGGCAAGGAAGGAAGUGAGUCAAAAGAAGUAGUUGAGUUGAAGGAUGGAGGGAGUUCUAGCAAUAGUACGGUAGAAGAGAGCGAUAAAAAGUCAUGUGUCCGACCUUAUAACCGAUCUAAGUUACCUAGACUUCGGUGGACCAACGAUCUGCAUCUUCGUUUUGUUCAGGCAGUUGAGAGGCUAGGUGGACAAGAUAGGGCAACACCUAAAAUGGUUCUCCAACUUAUGAAUGUCAAAGGGCUUCAUAUAGCCCAUGUCAAAAGUCAUUUACAGAUGUAUAGAAGCAAGAAAUUUGAUGACACAUGCCAAGCAAUAGGGGAUCAAAGGAUUGAAGGUGGAGAUCAUAAUAUAUAUAACCUGAAUCAACUACCAAUGCUUCAAUGCUACAACCGAACAUAUGAUUCAUCCUUCAGAUAUGAAGAUACACAACUAUAUCGUCAUAACUGGAUGCGUAAUGCUUUGAGGGAGCAAUAUUGCUCAACUGAAAAAACAAAACCAAGAUUUUAUAAUAACAUGUAUGCGGACAGAAUUCUGGCAAUAAACCACAUGGGACAAGCAAAUCACAAGUUCCACACUCAUGAAAUUCCUCACAAUGAGCGAAAUACUUCAUACCGAAUACAUGAUAUAAAUGAUAAAUUUAGAUCAAGAACAUGUGAGAAGAUGGAGAUGUUGCAAGGCCAAUACCUUAAUCAGCUGCCAAAUAACACAUUGAAGAUGAAUCCUUUCAACAUUCAAGAAAAUCGAAAAAUAACUCUAGAUUUGGAAUGUAAUGGUCUUGAGAAGAAUAAAGGAGUAAAGAGGAAGGCAUUUGAUUUGAACCUUGAUUUAAAUUUGUCUCUUGGUGUCAAUGAUCAAGGAAACAUAGAGAGCACCACGGUUAAUGGAGACGAUGGUGAAGGAGAACAAGGUAAUAUGUUGUCGUUGUCGUUGUAUCCACCCUCUUUAUCGAGAAUCAGAAACAAGAUUGAUCAUAUCAAUGAUGAUGAUCAGAAAGCUAAAAGGGCAAGUACCCUUGAUCUGACUAUAUGA